GUCUCUGCAACCCGCGACACACUUGAAGGCACCCAAGCUCCCUAGCCCUGGGCUCCCUCACCAGCCCGCCCUCAGCAGUUGGGUUGCAGUUGAGCGGGCUGUGGCAGAAGGCUGGAGAAGAUUCCAGAGGAUGGCGACUCCCAGUGUGACCAGAGCAGAAAGGAGAUACAGUGGUACCCACAACGAUCCCUCCAAAUCCAAGGGUUGCUCUGUGGUCACGACACUCCCCGGGAGGAGCACCAGGCCCUCACCUUCUGCAGGGACAGGGCUGAGGCUCAGCGAGCCUUCAGGUGUCCUCAGAACGAGUGCCCAGCUGGCGGCUGCUGCAGAUCUGGGCCGGAAGUCCUGCAUCUCCUCUUCCUCCUCCUCUUUGCACUGCCGUCUCUCCCCGGAAGCCUGGCUGCCUGAGGUCCACAAGGCUCACCAUCCCUCAGAGUUCAUCCUGCUCAGGCUGCAGAAAAGGGAUGAGCAGAGACCCGAGUGGACGUCUUAUCCAAGGUUCAGCUGCAGUAUCCACACCUACCAUGUCGGGAAGCAGUGCUUCUUCAAUGGGGUCUUCCUGGGCAACAGGAGGUCUUUGUCUGAGAGGACAGUGGACAAGAGCCUCGGGAGAAAACGAUAUGAUAUGGAUCCCAGGAAUGGAAUCCCAAAGUUAACCCCAGGGGACAAUCCGUAUAUGUGCCCAGAGCAGAGUAAAGGUUUCCACCAGGCAGGGUCCACUCUGCCACCAGUGAACUUUUCCUUGGUGCCGUACCAGAAGAAGUUUGACACGUUUAUUCCACUUGAGCCUCUCCCACCCACCCCCAGCUUGCCUUUCUGGGUGAAGGAGAAGGCCAACCAUCUGAAGAAUGAGAUAAGAGAAGUCGAGGAGCUGGACCACUGGCAGCCAGCAGCACCCUUAACGCGAGGUUUAGUCCCUUCGGGUGUGGACUUCCCCAGGCAAACCUGAGCUGGCUGGCUGCCUGCACCCGGACGAGCCUCUUCCGGUGGCUGGGGCUGACAGUGUAACUGUUUCUGAGUGAUGGACCCUAAUGAAGAAUCACUGCUUAGCCUCAUUUAAUUUUAGGUUUUGAAAACUUAUAAGAAUCACACAACAAAUACCUGAAAUCUUUUACUGAGGUUCUACAGUUGUUAAUGUGUCUACACACACACACACACACACACACACACACACACACACGAUGAUUGCUUUGUGGAACCAUUUGUGAGGGGUGGGUAUCUUACCUCCCUACCCUUCCGUACCUCCUAUGUAACCUCAGCAUGCCUCCCUAAGGUCAGGCAUAUUCUCCAGCAAUGACACACAAAUAGCAAACUCGAGGAGUUUUACAUUAACACAAUCCUAGUACUUCACAGCCCACAUUCUGUUUCACUCAGUUACUUUUUAUUUUCCAAGAUGCCUUUAAAUCAGUGGUAAAACACAGAUGUUGUGUGAGUGCGUUAGUCCUCUCCGCUAUAAUCGAACCCCAUAAACAGGGUAGCUCAUUGAUGACAGGAAUUUAUUUCCUGUACUUUUGGAGGCUGGGAGGCCCAAACUCAAGGUGCUGACAGUUUAGCAUGUGGCAAGGGCCUGUCUGGUCCACAGAUGCACCUUCUCCUGUGUCCUAUGGUGCUGGGGACAAGUAGCUCUCGGGCAUCUCUUUUACGAAGUCACUGAUUGCACGGCCUCCCCUCCUAAUACCAUCACCUCAGGGUUAGAUUUGUCAGCAUACAUGUGUUGGG